ACGGACACCCAGGACUCCAAGAUGGCGUCAGUCGUACCAGUGAAAGAGAAGAAGCUCAUGGAUGUGAAACUGGGAGAGCUGCCCAGCUGGAUACUGAUGCGGGAUUUCACCCCCAAGGGCAUUGCUGGAGCAUUUCAAAGAGGUUACUACCGGUAUUACAACAAGUAUGUCAAUGUGAAGAAAGGGGGCGUUGCUGGGAUUUCUAUGGUGCUGGCAGCUUAUGUGCUUUUCAACUACUGUCGUUGUUACAAGGAACUCAGUGAGUGUCUCUCUGGUCGCCUUGCCCUCUGGGGUUGCUCAUUGCUGGGUGGGACUGGUUCCCUGUCAGGUUUACAAGUCCCUCAUUCUAUGGCAGCUGAAAAAUUGGGAGGGACUUAUGAGAAUGUAGUACAGAGGAUGCUAUUUUAAGUGAGAAAAUUGUGGCAAAGAGAAAAUAAAGACAGGAAAGCUGACAUGAAUCCCCGAUAAAAGUAGUACUUAGGAAGCAUUCUGUAAGGAGCUGCAGGCUCCGCUGAGCGUUGGUGGAAAAUUUUGGCUUCAUCUUCCUAGCAGCCAGUGCGAAGAGAGAAAGAGGAGUGGUACAAUCCAGUGUCCGUGCGGUGUUCUGCAAAGGCGUAGCUUGUCCUGGGUCUGAAGGCCGAAAGGAGCUUGUGGGGUGGGAGAGGGUAGCAGGGUGCCCGUGGUAGCCCCCGCCAGUCUGGAAGCCGGGAUGAUGCUGGCUCUGAAGGCCAGGCUCUUGGGGACUGUGUCCGAGUGUGCGUGCGUCCUGGGAAGGAUGAGGCUGGCCAGGCUGCAGAUUAGCUCGACGUGCCUUCGUACCCCCACGUCUGCUCAUUCUGCUGAGACCCUGGCAGGCAGGUUCUGGGUUGUAUCCUGAAAGGAAUUCUCAGCAUGGCUUUACCCCCCGCCGUUGUCUUGUGCUUUCAUGACACCUUUAAAGAAACUUACCAUCUUGCCUUUCUAACUUCAGAACAUGAGCGGCUACGC